UAUGCCUAUCUCGGGGCCGAUUGUGAAAGCUAAGGCGGAGAAUUUUGCUAAAGAACUUAGUUUAACUUCUUUCAAAGCAUCAGAAGGAUGGCUCGGAAAGUUCAAGCAACGUCAUCAUAUCAACUAUGGUAAAAUAAACGGAGAAGCACGAAGUGUUGAUACAAAUGUUACUUAUGAUUGGAUUAAUAGAGUGUGGUCAAAAUUGACAGAAAAAUACACCCCAAGUGACAUUUUCAAUGCUGAUGAAGCAGGAAUAUUCUUUAAGUUGACUCCAGAUAAAACUCUGAAAUAUAAAGGGGAAAAGUGUGUGAGAGGAAAGCUCUCCAAGGAACGUAUUACAGUGCUUGUGGCAGCUAAUAUGGAUGGCACAGAAAAAAAAAGCUGAUGGUAAUAGGCAAAUCGAAAAAUCCGCGCUGUUUCAAGAACAUUAAAAAAUUGCCAGUGACGUAUAAAGCUAAUAAAUCAGCUUGGAUGACCAGUCAACUUUUUGAAGAAGUGCGAAAGUGGGAUGCAGAAUUAAAGGGACGGAAAAUUUUACUUCUUAUUGACAACUGCCCUGCCCACCCGCUUAUAUCAAACCUUGAAAACAUAGAGUUGGUAUUUUUCCCUCCAAAUACGACUAGUGUCUUGCAGCCAAUAGACCAGAGUGUAAUUAAAAGCCUCAAGGGUCACUAUAGAAAAAAAUUAUUGAUGGAGCUAGUCGAAUCUGAGGGUAAAACUUCUGUUAAUAUGCUGCAUGCAAUAAAUUUUUUAUCUAAAACCUGGGAAGAAGUGACACCGACAACUAUACAACACUCUUUUCGACAUGCUGGACUUUGUACUCAUUCUACGAGUGAUGAGGUGGAAACAGAACCUGAGUUAGAUGACGACCUUCCAUUAACUGAGUGGGUUCAACAGUUUAACGUGGCAGGAAAUUUUGAGGAAAACCUUCAAACCUACAUCGAAGUAGACGACUGCCUGCUUACAGCAGCUUCACUCACAGACAAGGAAAUUUUGGAUUCAGCGAGAAAAACUGAGGAUCAAGAACAAGGAGAUGAAGAAGAUGAGACAGAUGAGCUUGAGCCUCUGCUGAGCAUUAAAGAAGCUCUGGAAGCAGCUAAAUUAUUAGAAAAAUAUUUCCUUUAUGACCAAGAUCUCUCAAUAUCGCAAGAUAUGAAUAAAAUAAGUAAAAAAAUACAACAAAAAUAUUGGUGCAGCAAAAGACGUCAGACAAAAAUAACAGACUAUACGCAAUAGCGUUG